AUGUCCAUAUUAAUUAGUCAUAAAAAUGCACCAAUUUGUCUCGUACUGGAUCAUCAAUCAUUCGAUAAUGACAUUAACAAAAAUCUAUCAGUAAUUCAUUGUCAAAUUUCAUCAAAUCUUUUUUUUUACACGACAUUACUCAAUGAACUUUCAUCAUCAUCUCAAUUUGCCACAAGAUUUUAUCAAAUUCUCAUUCAAUUGAAUAAGAAUUCACGUUCAUUAUUCAACCGAAAAUGUCUCAAAUAUAUUUUUAGUUGUAUUCGUCAUCAUCAAAAUAUUAUUUAUUUACAAGUUCAUAAUAAAAUUAAUCAAUAUGACGAAUGGAUUAAUCGUUGUUGGGCAUCUAUUCAAUUAAAUGUCUUAACAAGACGUAUUCGUUAUGAAUCAUCAUGGGCAUGGUUAUCAACAUUAGGUGGUGGUCAUUCAUGUCUUGGUGAAAUAUCUGUACAGCACGCAAAAGAAGCUGAAAUGAUAUCAAAAAGUCAAAUAGGUUUAUCAAAUGAAGUUGGUGAUCCAAAUGCAUUAGUUAAAUCUUAUUUAUUCCUUGCAUUAAGUUAUUUACAACAAAAACGUUUUGAUGAAGUUCGAAUUAUACUUCAAUUUCAAUAUCAACGUAUUCAACAAAAAGAUAUCACAGAUGAACGUUUACCAAUUAUGUGUAUUGCAUUAUGGAAGAAAAUGAAAUAUGCCAUUAAAAGAGAUAGAAAAUCAAAUUGA